UACUGAACAUAAGUAAAGGAAAAAACGCUCGUGCAUGUUGUAUUGUACCUUUAUGUUUCGUGUUGCCCCUCCGCGUUUUCAUGUAAUCGUUUUGAGAAAUUAUCAUAAUAAAUUCAAUCGUUGUCCAGUAAAAAUGUGUUUCGUGACUAUCCAACUUACUUUGAAACAUUCACAUUUCAGUUCUUUCAUGAACAUUUUAACCUAACCUUUGAAUCGAAACGCUAAGUGAAGUAAAUUUCCGAAAAGGAGCAUACGUAACGGAGUUUCUAAAACAAAAAGCAAUGGAGGUUUAAAACACCUUUAAAAAACAAUAUAACGAUUAAUUAAAGGUUAAAUAUCAUUAUGACAGUAUUUGAUUAUGUAAUUAUUCAAAUGAUUUAUAAAAGUAAUCUCUAUAUUACGCUACAAAGUAGUAGAAGUUUCAGAUCUUAAUGUUUGGUGAUAUUAUCGUUAUAAGAAUAUUAAUAUCACGUGUAUCGAAACAAUUAUUAAUUGUAUCGAUUUUCGAAGCUUUAAAUAAUCAACAAUUAUUAGUUUCCGUAAUUAACAAUAGUAUUUAAUGGUAUUGAGUUUUGUGAAAAAUGUUUGAUGAAUGCAAAUAUGUUAAAAGUACAAUACGAUGAUUAAUUUUGGGACAUGAUAUAAAAUUACACGAAAAAAUCAGUGUAAAUAGUUUUUUUCGUUAACCAUACUUUAGCACAAUAUCGAAGUGAGAGGUUAUCGUGUGUACAUAAUUUGAUCGAAGUAGUUGGCAUUGUCGGUGAAAGAGAGCGCUCCGAUGUAUGUUGCUCAGCUGUUUUGAAGAAUCGACGCAGCUUGGCAGUGAUUAUCCGUAACGCAGCGUGGAAUUGCUGGCUUCACGUCCAAACGCAAACAGAUGUGGAGUGACUGUCCAAAUUUUUGACAUAUCUCGUCCAGAAUUCUCUGAACAGUGAACACCUCUUUUCUACAGGAUUUUUAUAAUACAGUAAACGUGAAGUCGCGGUUGGUUGUGUUAAAGGUUAAAAAAGAUCAAAAGAAAAAUAAGAAAAUUACCAUGAACGAGUUAAGUCAAGAGGAAGUAAGAAGAAGACGUAUGGCUCGUCUAGCAGGUUUAGAUAGUAUUAAUUCAGGAACUAAUUCAAAUCACAGUAGUGGUCCAGUUUCUCCAAGUACACCAGGUCCAUCAAAAGCAUUUACAGAACAAAUAAUAUCACCAUCAAAACAACAACAAUUUCAAAAUUCUGAUAUACCAAUGGAAGUAGAAGAAAAUAGUGAUAAACAAUGUAGUAGUUCUGGAGUUGAUGUAGAUUCAGGAAUUGAAAAUAUGGAAGUUGAAGAAUCUGAUAGAAAAGAUCUAAAACCAAGAUCACGUACUACAAGUUCUAGUACAGAGAUAACUGUAGAACAAAUACAUUCUGUUAUCUCACGUAUAUUAUGCAUAUCAUGGAAAGAACCUACAGAAGGUUGCGUGUUCUUACCACAAACUGCAGCUCAUGCAUCAACAGAGAAACUUGUUGAUGCUGCAGAGAUCAUAAAUGAAGCAUUAAUGGAGGUAUUGUGUAUGUUUGUGAAAGAUGAAGAUCCUUUAAAAGAAAUUAAUGUAGAUAUAUCUUCGAAUCGAGAAGACAGCCCUAAUAGUCAAACGAGUCCCUUACUAAGCCCAGUUGCGACGUUUUGCCGGUGUGAUAUUUGUUGUAAAUCGUCGCAAAGUAAGAGUUUCACUUACUUACUAGAUUGCUAUUCAAGAGUUGCAGUUGAAGAACGCAAUCAUCCAAAGAAAUCGAGUACACCACCAUUGUCUGAUGUACUAGCUAUUCUAAGAGCACAAUGUGUUCAGUAUUCCAGUCUUGUAUUACAAGGCCUAGCUGGUAUUUCUCAGUCUUCGACCACGUAUCCUUUAGCCAUGACACCCCUUCUGUACCCAGUAUUGUCGCAAAGUUUACCUCGGGGAUAUUUACACGAGCUUGUGGCAAGAACGCAUACAAAUUCAGCAGUAUUUAAUAAAAUUUUUACUCCACUUUUGCAAGGCUUAUACCUUUCAAUGCAGCAUCCUAGUUUGGUUGGAAAUACGCAUCGAAGACCGAUUGAAGCAUUAGAAGAAUUAAUAGAAAUUCGAUGUGGUGCGAGUAGUAAUAUACGCCCAAUCUGCCGUUUAAUCAUUCAUCAAGUACAAUUUUUGCCUGACAUUAUGACAUCAGCGGCUGGUAGAGAACUUACAACAACAUCUUUUCUUGGACCUUUUUUAUCAGUUUCUGUAUUUGCUGAAGAUGAACCAAACGUGGCUGAAAAGUUCUUCAGUGGUAAUCCAUUUAUCGACAAAUCGAUGAAUUUAACGUUGCAACAAGAACUAGAAAGUACCAGGACAUCACUUCAUAAAAUAUUUCAUGCAAUACUCGCGAAUAGCAACUGCCGUGAAGCUAUGUUAACAUACUUGGCAACGUUAUUACGUCAUAAUGAAAAACGUGCUCAAAUACAAACAGAAGAAUUCUCACUUGCUGGAGACGGAUUUAUGUUGAACUUAUUGUCAGUUCUACAAAUGCUCUCAGUGAAAAUUAAAUUAGAUACGGUGGAUCCUUUGUAUCCAUUUCAUCCGUCAAGUUUUGUGGAAAUAAAAAAUGAUACAAGGCUGAAACUAACGUACCAAGAAGUCGCUGAUUGGCUAAAAUAUUUAGAAAGGACACACAAGUGGGUCGAGGCAAAGUUUCCAACACAAUGUUGGUUCCUUACUCUACAUUGUCACCAUAUAGCGUUGUUACCGGCUUUUCAGAAAUACCAGAGAAAGCUGAGGACUUUGCGUGAUGUGCAAAAAAUGCUCGAUGAUCUACAAGCUACUGAACCACAAUGGAAAGACAGUCCUUUCGCAGGUCGUAAUAAAGAAUUAAUAAAACGUUGUAAAGAACAAUUAAAACAACUUGGCAAGUCUAAAUCAUGCACAGAUGCUGGAUUGAAUGACCCUGUUUUGUUGAGAAGAUGUUUGCAUUUUUACAUCUCUGUAGCAGAGGUUCUGCUAAGUUUAUUGACUCAAACAUCACCAGGGAAUCCUCUUCCUGAACUUCCUUUACCCCAAGAAGUCCCACAAAAGUUUACCGCAUUACCAGAAUGGUAUGUUGAAGAUAUUGCAGAAUUUUUGUUAUUUACUCUUCAAUUCAGUCCUGGUGUAAUAGUAAAUAACAUGGAUAAUUCACUUAUUACAUGGUUACUUGUUGUAGUAUGUACUCCGCAUUGUAUACGAAAUCCAUAUUUAAUAGCAAAAAUUAUUGAAGUGCUAUUUGUAAUAAAUCCUAGUGUUCAGGGCCGAACUGAAUCGCUUCAUGAUCAAGUAAUGGCACACCCUAUAUCUAAAACGUUAUUAGCAUCGUACCUCAUGAAAUUCUAUACAGAUGUUGAGACAACUGGUUCCAGCUCGGAAUUUUAUGAUAAAUUUUCAAUUCGUUAUCACAUUAGUUUAAUCUUGAAAUCUAUGUGGGACAGUCCGGUGCAUCGGGAAUCAAUUAUACAAGAGAGCAAUAAUGGAAAGCAAUUUGUGAAAUUCAUUAAUAUGUUAAUGAAUGAUACAACGUUUUUACUAGAUGAAAGUUUAGAGUCGUUGAAACGUAUUCAUGAAAUCCAAGAACUUAUGUCUGAUCUGAAAGCGUGGGCAGCAUUUUCUCAGGAACAACAACAUUCGCGAAUGAGGCAAUUAGCAGCAGAUGAAAGACAGGCCAGAUCAUAUCUCACUUUGGCCAAAGAAACUGUUGCCAUGUUUCAUUAUUUAACAGUCGAUAUCACAGAACCGUUCUUACGGCCAGAAUUAGUUGGAAGAUUAUGUGCCAUGUUAAAUUUUAAUCUACAACAGUUGUGUGGCCCUAAAUGUAAAAAUUUAAAAGUAAGAAAACCACAGAAAUAUGGAUGGGAACCAAGAGCACUACUUGGCCAAUUGGUUGAUAUAUAUUUACAUCUCGAUUGCGAUAAUUUCGCGGCAGCUUUAGCUACCGACGAGCGCUCAUUCUGCAAAGAGUUAUUUACUGACGCUGCGAAUAGGCUAGAGAGGUCAGUAAUCAAGACUACCACGGAAAUUGAAAGAUUUAUAGCACUUGCAGAACGUGCUGCAGUUAUUGCCAGAGAUAAUCGUGCACGUGAUGAAGAUUACGGCGACGCGCCAGAGGAAUUUCGAGACCCACUUAUGGAUACACUCAUGGAAGAACCUGUUAAACUUCCAUCUGGUAUUGUCAUGGAUAAGGCAGUUAUUAUUAGACAUCUCCUUAAUAGCGCUACAGAUCCUUUCAGUCGGCAACCUCUUAGCGAAGAUAUGCUUACGCCAAUGCUCGAUUUAAAAGAAAGGAUAUCGGUAUGGAAACAGCAAAAGAAAAAAUCUACAAAUAUAUAAGUUGUGAUCAUAAUACAAUAAUCAUUUAACGAAAACAUCACGAUAUUGCGUAGCCAAUAUCAUUACUACACCGAUACAUUUUACCAACCGAUAGAUGUAUCAUCCUGUGUAGUAAAUGAAUAUAGUGCAAUGAUCUCGCUAUUGUGCAAAUAUUGCGCUCAAUAAAUUUACGGUUUUUAUACAUUAAACAUUAAACAGACUGCAGCUAGGUAACUGCCAACAAUUACUCGGAAAAUACUUUUAAAAAAACUUGUAAAUAAUUGCUGGCUGAAACGUCAGUAUCCAGAGAAAUUAAAAUCUUAUUUACAAAUUUAGCACUUGUUCCUUUGUACGUUCUAAUGCACGUGACUGCGGGUUAAAAAAAAGUAAAAAAAAAAAAUACCGAUCGAUUUUAAGAACAUUAAGUGGCAUAGAAUUGGAUUAUUAACUUUUAAUCCCAAACUUCCACUUGAAAUUCGCUAUUUAUAAACAGAGCAAAAAGAGGAUAUCAUUUCCUGCAAAAUUUAUGUACAAGGUUUGUAUGAAAAAUUCGAAACGAAGUUGUUAUUAAGUCUCGUUUUAGAUGUUAACAUGUGACGUGUUGCACGGAAGAGAGGAAAUGAUUUGCAGCGACUAUAAUUCUUUCUAAAGAUGUACAUGGUAAAUGUAUCAUGCAUAUUUGUUCAAUAAAUUUUAUGAGCAAAGA